AUGAGCAAAGGUAUAAACAAAUCAUCAAACACUAAGAAGAAAACUAACACCAAGACAACUGUGAAGAAAACCAACACCAAGAACACUGUGAAGAAUACCAAUACCAAGAACACUGUGAAGAACACUGUGAAGAACACCAAUAAGAAGAAUACCAUCAAAAAGAAGAAUCCAAAGCUUGCUCGGGAAGUUGUCAAUUACACAACUGUGAAUGCCAAAUGGUUCCUUUAUGCUCCAACCACCACCGAAAGUGGUUUCAAAGCUACAUUUAUUCCAGUCAGUGGUCCAUUUAACAGAGUUGAAGAAAUGAAACGAGUUGCUUGUUUGCAAAUGUUUUGUGAAAGUUGUGCUAUAACUUUGGGUUUUUAUUUGGAUCCAAGUAUGUUCAAAAGAUUUCAAACUGGUAUUCGUAUUGCAUCAUUGAAACCUGAAUGGUUCUCUCAUUAUUUCGAGUCAUGUGGUGGAAAAAUGAAAAACAGAGUUCAAUAUAUUCGUUACAAUGGUCACAGUUUGAGUAUUACUUGUCCUUCUUAUGAAUUCUAUGGUUUGGAAAAUAUGCCACCUUUGAAUUGUAAUGGUAGUUAUGCAAGCACGGUUUUUCAAGUUUCCCAACCAAUAUUGAUGAACCAUCCAUUUCAACCACACUUUAAAUGGAUUGAACAGUGGAAAUUUGUUUACAGAUUGUAUUUCUCUAAACUCGUAUUUAUAUGCAAUCCAGUAACGAAUAUGGUUUCAGUAGAUUUGGAAUUUACAAAGGAUGUACAAAGUAUGGAUUGUACUGGUUUCCAAAUUGUUUAA